AUGAACGACGACGAUUCCACCUUUGGAGAGGCCCCGUCCAAUGCGAGCACUUCCAUACGAAGCUCCGUUACGAGAUACGAAUGGAAACAUGGCCGUCGAUACCAUGCCUACCAGUCUGGUACGUAUCCGUUUCCCAACGAUGAGCGGGAGCAAGAUCGUCUGGAUAUGCUACACCACGCCACCACACGACUGCUCGACGACCGGCUCUUCCUGGCACCCAUUCAGCCUGAUGGCAUGAGAAUCCUGGAUAUUGGUACAGGAACGGGUCUGUGGCCUAUCCAAAUGGGCGAUUUAUACCCCGGAGCGAGUAUAACGGGCAACGAUCUGAGUCCCAUUCAGCCCACCUGGGUCCCCACAAAUGUCAACUUUCUCGUAGACGAUGUCGAGUUGGAUUGGAUCGAGACGAACACAUACGACUACAUUCACUGUCGCUACAUGUCUGCCUCGAUAAAAGACUGGCCACGGCUGAUUCGCCAAAUACACGACGCCUUGAAACCCGGUGGGUGGGUGGAAUUUCAAGAAUUUUCAACGACAUUCAGCUCAGACGACGGCUCAAUGGGCGUAGACCAUCCCACUCACGCAUUCGUGCAACUCAGUCUCACGCUGAAAGAAGCGUGUAGUAAGACGGGGAGAAUGCUUGAUCCAACGCCGUGUUUGAAACGGUGGAGCAGCGAAGGGGGGUUCAAUACCAUUGAGCAGCAUGUCUUCAAAGCACCCAUUGGCAAUUGGCCCAAGGGUCUGCGGAGCAAAGAAGUCGGUACAAUGAUGGGUGUCGGCCUGUCUGACGGAGUGGACGGCAUGACGGCCGUGUUGGUGAGGGAUGUACUGGGUUGGUCGGCAGACGAGGUAGAGGUACUGAAUGCCAAGGUGCGGAGCGCAACCCGCAGCGAUCCAAAGGUCAUGGUUGAUUACGUCGUUGUUCUGGCGCAAAAGGAUAAAUGA